GAGGGGUCCCCGCGGGGCGCCGCCGCCGUGGCCGCCAUGUGCUCCCAGGUCUGGCUGCUAACGGACCGGCGCCUCAGCGAGGACUACCCGCAGGUGCAGAUUCUGCGCGCCCUCCGGCAGCGCUGCUCCGAGCAGGACGUGCGCUUCCGGGCGGUGUUCAUGGACCAGCUCGCCGUCACCGUCGUCGGCGGCCACCUCGGCCUGCAGCUGAACCAGAAGGCCCUUACCACCUUCCCAGACGUGGUGGUCGUGCGGGUGUCCACGCCCUCCGUGCAGUCGGACAGUGACAUCACUGUCCUGAGGCACCUGGAGAAGCUGGGCUGCCGCUUGGUCAACAGCUCACAGAGCAUCUUAAACUGCAUCAACAAAUUCUGGACAUUCCAAGAGCUGGCUGGACACGGGGUCCCCAUGCCAGACACCUUCUCGUAUGGUGGACAUGACGACUUUUCAAAAAUGAUUGAUGAGGCUGAGCCCCUGGGCUACCCGGUCGUGGUGAAGAGCACACGAGGCAACCAGGGAAAAGCGGUUUUUCUGGCAAGAGACAAGCAUCACCUCUCAGACAUCUGCCAUCUGAUCCGCCACGAUGUGCCCUACCUGUUCCAGAAAUACGUGAAGGAGUCGCAUGGGAAAGAUAUCCGGGUGGUGGUGGUCGGGGGCCAGGUGAUAGGCUCCAUGCUUCGCUGCUCCACAGAUGGGCGGAUGCAGAGCAACUGCUCUCUCGGUGGCGUGGGCGUCAUGUGCCCCCUGACAGAACAAGGCAAGCAGCUGGCUAUUCAGGUGUCGAACAUCCUGGGCAUGGACUUCUGUGGCAUUGAUCUUCUCAUCAUGGACGAUGGCUCCUUCGUGGUGUGUGAAGCAAAUGCCAAUGUCGGCUUCCUGGCCUUCGACCAGGCAUGCAACUUAGAUGUGGGAGGGAUCAUUGCAGACUAUUCCAUGUCCUUGCUGCCGAACAGGCAGACUGGGAAGAUGGCUGUGCUCCCGGGACUGUCAGGCUCCAGGGAGAAGAAAGAGCCAGAUGGGUGUGCGUCAGCUCAGGGAGUUGCGGAGAGCGUCUACACCAUCAACAAUGGGUCUACCUCUAGUGAGAGUGAGCCUGAACUGGGAGAGGUCCGAGAGUCCUCAGCAAACACCAUGGGGGGCCCACCCCCUGUGCUGCCUGAGCCUGGCUACAACAUUAACAACAGGAUUGCUUCGGAAUUAAAACUCAAGUGAAUUCCUGCUUUUUGGCAGCAUUGAAACCAAAUCCUACUGCUUCCCUAGUAGUUUCACGUGAAUAAGUCUGGACUAAUGUGAUUUCAUUUGCACAGGAACUAGAAAUCCCAUCUGGGCACUCAGCAUUCUUUCUAACGAUGACUUGAGCAAAUGGCCUAGCUUUGUGGUUUUUACAGACGCUGAUAUGAAAACACUCGCCACUAGCACCACCUCCGCUGAUCAGUUUGAGACUAACGCCUGCUGUGAGCACUUGGGUAGAACGGUAGACGUUAAAGCACUGACCCUGCGCUGCUGUUUCGGGCUGUUAACAGUAGAGAGCGUGAACUUCGAACGGCCCGGGAAAUGGAGCCGGCAGCCUGUGCAGACAAGGUGGACUGUGACUGCAGCAGUGUGUUCUUCACUCGGUGUGUGUGGGACGCUUGGAAAAUACAUAGCUGAAACACCGUCGGAGGACCAGUCUCUGCUCCCUCUCAGUCACCUUCUUGACCAUAUUCAACACUCAGGAGAUGGUGUUUUAGGGAGCUUCUUCAUUAGCCUUCACAGCGCAGCACUUCGUAGAAAGUGGGAGUGAGUGUCUUUGACCUCACUGGUUCGCAUAUGCCCUGCUUAGUGACCGGGACUUUUACAGAUUGCUUUGCCACUCUGGUUUCAUACACCCUGCUUCAACUAACGCCAGCUCCAGCAGCUUCUCGCACCUCUGCUGCCUUUGGCCUCAGCUGGAAAUGGACAUCAGUGGGCUGGUGGCCACACACUUUGUUUCUGAAGCCGCACUGGCAUCUAACACCAUGGACUUGCUUUUCAACGGGCUCUGUUCACUUGUCCUCCAGAAGCCAGUGAGUUUUUAGCACAGAAAGUUCCCAGAAGAUAAUCAUUCUUCUCCGGCCUCUGCUGAGACUUUACGUACUGCACAGUGGUAGGAGGUUCUCUGUGGGCCUUUUGGGUAGAGCCAGCCUUUGGAAACUCACUCCAGUCCCCCGGACACUCUCCUCUCUCCAGGCUCCAGAGCCUGUCCUUACCCUCGUUUCCAGACUGAGGAGACUCAGGUAUCAGGAAUUAGUCCUUGCACGUUGGGGGAGGGAAGCUAAUGUAGACAUGACACCAAGUGCUUUUCAUUUUAACUCCUCAAGCAGCAGUCAGAUGUUCCCCUUGGGAGAAGUCGUGGUGAAGCUUUCCACUCUGCUUAUCUGAAGUCCUACCACACGCUCCAGAACACACACUCAAGAGUGACCGUGAUUGCAGUUAUUCCCCGGGAGACCGUACUCCCGAGCUAUGGGGUUUCAUGUGCCAAGAACACUUAGAAUUCCUCUUUGGGGUUAUCUUUGAAGCCAUGAGAGGAAAGAGGCCUCACAACUUUAUAAUCAGACCUUGCUUUUUAUUUUCAUCUCAUCGCUUCUCAGCCUUUUGGUUAACAUCAAGUGUAUCUUAUCAGUAUUUUAAUCUCCCUCCUGCUAAGGUAGUGGCAAGUUCCACACCCAUUUUAUUUAUCAGACUUAUUUCUUACUGCCCUUUGUCUGUUACAAAAAAAUUGUCCUCAAAAAAUAGAUCUGCCCUUAAAGGAAAAGAUUGACCAACAUGAGGAAGCUUACAAGUUACAGUUUCCAAGGAGGGUUCUGGGAAUGUUCUGCAUAAUGUGAGCUUCAUGAAAUAAACAUGUAUCUUUCCACGGUAACUACUUUGAAGGCAACACCACCCACUUGGGUGCAUAAUUCCUGUACUUCCUCUGCUGUAAAUGGAAAAUGUGUAUAAAGUUAAACUAUUACAUUUUUCACAACACAUUUAAGUAGAAAUUGGCUCUUAAAGUAUUGUAGUUAAAACCAGAUCUCAUCAAGUAACAGUUGUACAACUGAAAAAUAUUUGGUGCCAUGUACUGGAGAUGUCACGCAGCACAGUUGUAGUUUAGAUGCAGUCCAUGGGGCGCAUGCAAACUGUAACCCAGCAAUGUGUCUUGUACAGUUGAACACUGAUAAUACUUCACCCUUGCCUAGGUUAAGGCCCUGUACCUUACCUUUACCACUCAGGGUGGCUUUAGAAGAAGGAAAGUUUUUGAUUUGUUCUUGCUGGAAUUGAUCAGAUUCUUUCUGUGUAAACAUCUGAAACAAUUUCUGGCCUCUUGGAAGCUGCAUUCAUUUCUUUUCACUGUUUGGUGUACAACUCGUCUCCCUAGUUUGUCUGAAAGGAUGCUAGCUGAGCUCCAUCCUGAGCAGAGAAACUAGAGUGUCUCCAGGUUCCUUUGCCAUAAGAGUCUCAUUUCCCAGCUGGUAGUGACAUCUGGUGUCAUUGGCAUGAUUGUCUGGAAUUAAUCCUGUCUAGAAACAGAGAAAGCUGGAUCACAGCUGGAUCUUACCCGCCUCUUCCAGGAUUUUCCAUACCACAGCUGGCUGUGGGCCAGUUACAUGUGUCACAGCUGCCCACGCCUGCUAGGAAAACCAUAAGGUACAGACUCUCCUGAAACAGUUGAGCACCUUUGUGUAAUCUUGUGAGCUCUGUGUGUACAUUUUCCCUCUCUUCAGACGGGGAAGGCCUAUUGUGCUUGCCUCUCAGGACUGAGUGGCAGUGAGUCAGUGGGUGAGGCUGUACAUUAUGUGGAAGGUGGUAACAGAACACCACCUACACCUGGAUUUAACACAAUUGAUCAUCACUACUCCUCUGCGGAAGUUAAAGGAGGAGACCAUGAAUUCCGGACAUCAACAAACCAAACAGUGGAGGCCCUGAGAAAGGAAUGCAGUUUCUCGGAGGUCUUCCAGCCAGGGAAACUUACGACCUGAAAGGAAUAAAGCUCUUGGGAGAGUCCAAGAGCCUUCUGGAUGUGUUGUUUAUAACCUAAAACCCUUGACUCUUGUACACCAACUAAGUCUUCCUUAUGUAACAUAGACUCUGUCUGUAUAUGGUCUUCCCAUUAUCUAGUAGUAGCAUCUUGAAACUGGUCAAAACUUGAAUGCCAAUCAAUAGCUCAGUCGCUCAGAAUAUACGUGAUUCUGCGCUUGGGAAAAA